ACAGGAUGUUAAUACCGCACCUUAGAAUUAUUGAAUAGUGGUAAUUAGUUGAGUCCGCAAACAUAGGAAUUAGCAUAAUUAGUUAAUUCGGAUAAGAAUCGUGUAUUUAGUAAAGUGAUCCGGGGCAUAAAAUAAAGAGUUUGCUGACAGCCAUUGUUUUAGUGUCGAAUAGAAUGAGUAAAGGUAUUCAAAGCAAAUUCCACACCAUGUCAUCAUUCGAGACGCCGGCCGGAACGUGAUCAGCUCACAAAAAUUGUCAUUUGAAGACAUCAAUUUUUAGUUCAAUUACUGACGGGGAGUUUGUGGUCAUAAUUUCGCGAUUUUAGCAUGGGAAGAUAUUACAGAACAUUUGUAUGGAAACCAAGCUACGUUUUCAAAUCGACACAUUUUCAAUUUUGACGAGAUCUGUAAAUGCGGUCUUGACGGUCAUGGAGAAUUUGAAACGCUCUAAGUUUCCCUUCAGCAAACAUUUAGACUGUCGACAGUGGCGAAGCGAGACGGACAUUCAACGAUCAUCGCUCCCUCCAAUUCAAAACAGCGAGAAAAAGAACUCGAAGCUGAUCAACACCAGCGGGAAACAAUUGUGUCCUAACAGACCACCAACCCCUAACCCGGCCAGACAACAGGAAACAUUGUAUUCUUGGGGGAGAACAUCAAGGAUGUCACCAUCGAACUCAUCUCAAAGACUGUCUCUGUCUCUUGAUUUGAGACCAGUCAUUGAAGGUGCUAAUUCUAGACGCUACAGUGCUGGCUUUGUUGAUAAUUCUCCCGAAGCUGAGUGGAGCCCACGACCGUGCAUUCGAAGCCUUCCGCCAAGCCCGACAGUUCAGCGAAGCCACAGAUUUCAUCGCUCUUUGCGAAGGUUGUCGAGUGAUUCCGAACAUAUCGAUGAAAAAUUCAAGGAUGAUCGAAUCAUGAGCUGGAUUCGUGAUGUUUCAGAAAAGACUCAUUCUCAAAAUAGCCACCACGACGACGAAUACGAUGUAUUUCAGUGUUCUUUGGAAAAUGAUGACGACACAAGUGUUGCGGCUGGUCUUCCGAUAAUACAAGAAGGACAAAAAAUAUAAACAGAACCAUCAACAGGAUAUAAACAACUAGUAUAACAGACUAAACAACUCAACUCAAUUAACUUUAUUUGCCCUUUCUAUUAAACAAUCUAUACAAGAGACACGGUACGGAUUAAACACGACAGGAUAAUCUCUCAGCAAACCCCGGUGAGAAUAUUGAAGUCUGUUGUAGUCGUCUGUUUGUAUUAUAGGUGUCUUUUAGUGGGACAUGUGCGCACGAAGCGAAUUUCUUUAUGACCUUGAGGCAUGACAUAAUUCUGGAAGGAUCGCUGAAGGGGGGUUUCUAAAGUCAUACGACCAAUAUGACAUGUUUUUUGGUCCAUAAAUUCACAAACCCAGUUGAAAAAUCCCCAUCUCCCGAAUAACUUCUAAAAAAGAGAGGUCCGAUGUAGUGUCUAGAUUAAUGCUGUUACGAGUUGUAAUUGUUUUCUCAGGAACUUUAGUAAUUUGCACUGACUGAAUGUAUUAUCUGUAUCUGUUACGCUCAAGUGAGUUGCAGUCAAGUCCUUGGCCUUUGUAAUCUAAACAUACACUAUGGCCUGGCAAGGCAAGCCAUUCCUAAAAAAAAAAAAUUACGAUUUAUGCUUUGGUCUCUUAGGGAAUUUUCACGAAAAUAAUGAUCAAAAACUCUA